UAAAUCUGAUUCUGGGUUGGAUUCUGGUCUGAUCUCACUAACAUGAUGUUCUGUGCAGUUGUUUCUAAAACAGAUGUUAAUGUGAAGACUUGUGGAGCCCCGGAGGAGUGUGCAACCCAGAGUUUAAACUUUGGAUUACUAAAAGUCACCAGCAAUGCCAAAUGCUGCAGUACUGACCUCUGCAACACUGACACACCAGCAGCUCUUGCACAGUUAGCCAAUGGGAAAAUGUGUUACAUCUGUGAUUACAAUUCCAACUGCUCGAAAACAGUGAACUGUGAGGGGAUUGAAGAUCGCUGCAUCACUGCUACAGUUGAACAAGGUGGCAACAAACUUACCAUGAAAGGAUGUGUAAGCAAGAACGUCUGUGAUGCCUCUUCAGGAAGCUCUCAGCCGGGGAUUGCUAUAUCUAAGAUGACCUGUUGUGAGGGGAACCUGUGUAACGGAGCUGAGACGUUUACUCUGAGUUUCCUGAUCCUGGUGGUUCCUCUGCUCUCCUCCAUCCUCCUCCACUGAGCUCUCCACUGAUUAAACAGUUUCAUUAAAGUUUAAUCUACUGUAAGAAUUUAUUUUGAGUAAAACUAAUAAAUAAAAUUGUA